GGGAAAAUGAAUCCAAUCCAAUCCAAACCAAAUGAACGCAAAUUGAAGGGAGGUGUGUGCUGGUGGCUAGGUAAGGGAGCAGUGGGCACUGUCUGGAGAGGUGAGGUUCAGGGGCGGGUGAUAAAUGGCUGAGAUAGAGAAGGAGAAGGGCUGGAAUAGUUGUAAGAAUACUAAGAAAGGAGGAGGAGGGGGAGGAGGAGGAGAGCAAGGGUUUUGCAAUGACUACGUGUACAGGAUCAGUACCGCGGAGGAGUGGGCGGAACUGCAGACAAGUGGUUCUACUUUGGGCCGACAAAUUGAUAAAUCAACCGGCUGUAUUCAUCUCAGCAACCUCCACCAGGUUCAGUGGGUUUUACACAACUUUUUCCUGAACUCUAAGGGACAAGACUUGUACCUGCUCCAAAUCGAUGCUAAAAAGCUUGGUGAUGGUUUGGUUUAUGAAGCCGCUGCGGACGACUCCUCCAAGGUCUUCCCUCAUUUCUACGGUCCAUCUCGAAGUUUUGGUCCUCUUCCUCUGGAUGUUGUUACUAAAGCGGAGAAGAUAAUUCUAUCAGAUGCCAAAUUCACCUGCCGUUUGCUCAGUUAAAUUUAAAAAAAAUAAAUAAAUAAAGGGUCUUCUUCUUUAUCGCUUUCUUCCCAUUUGAAUUGAAGCUGAAAAGUUGUUUAUGGUAUACAAAGUCGACCCAAAUGCCUCGGACUUACCAACUUGUAUUCGGAAGAAUCCUCCAGUUUUGUUUUAGAUUUACAUAUCCUAAUUGCUUUGCAAUUGGAAUAUGUGCGAGAGCCAUUGGUUGAACAGUUCAAAUAUGCUGUGUGGAAGUUUCUGUUCCUCGUCAAUUAUACACUUUUAUGCUGACA